AUGGAGGCCACCCCAGAGGAGCUUGUGAAAGUGAAUGAUGGGGCAUCAGCAGGCAACCCAGGGAAGGAUAGAAUGGGAGGAAUUGUCAGAAAUAAAGUAGGCCUUUGGCUAGGGGGCUUCUCAGUGGGGUUAGGGGCAGUAACCAAUAUUCAAGCAGAAUUGUGUGCAAUCCUUAAAGGUUUACAGCUGGUUUGGGAGAAUGGCUACAGGAAAGUGAUAAUUGAAUUAGACUCCAAAGUAGGGAUGAAAAUGAUUGAGGAAGUAGAAGAAACCUCACCAUACUAUAAUGUUGUGCAGCAAAUCAGAGUGCUAAAAGUAAGGAAUGGUCAUAUAGCUUACAAAAUGUGUGGAGAGAAGGAAACAAAUGUGCGAAUUGUACGAUCAAGUGAGGCCAUUUUAGAAGAGAAGAUGUGCUUUAAUGUGCCUUACACAUUCAAGAAAGCAAAGAUUAUUGUUAAGAGGGAAAGCUAUAAUGAAGAAGGUGAAGGAAAGGGGUUAUUAGCAAAGGAGAUUGAGAAAUGGAAGAAGCAACAUGGCAUGAUUAUAUUACAAGAAGAGCAUGAUGCUUCCAAGCCCAUCAAAUCAUCCCAUGAUAAUAAAUGA